GGUCCAGAAAGGGUCAAGGCUCUUCUGAGGUCACAUAGCACAGAGACAGAGGCAGGGAGAUCUGAUUCCUGACAAAAGGGUUAGACAGGGUCCCGGGGUUCUGUGGGGGAGGCGUCCUAUUCUCCUCCCAGCAGUGAGAGAGGGAGGACCCAGCCAGCUGCUUCUAUUCCAGACUGUGAGAAGAGGAGCCAUGUGGCUGGAGGUUGGGGGCCUACUACGGGGGACCUGUGGACAACUGGGCCGGACUGUUGGUCUGCCUUGUGGGGUCCUGGGUUCUGGGCCCCACUGCUGGGGGCCAUGUGGAUGUUCUUGGGCCCAAAAGCUUCAUCAGGGUGGGCCUGGCAGAGGCCUGAGUGAGGAGGACAUUUCCAAGGCCCGGGAGGCCCGGCUCAGGAAGACAUCUCGGCCCCAGCUGAGUGACCGCUCUCGAGAACGCAAGGUGCCUGCCUCCCGCAUCAGCCGCUUGGCUAACUUUGGGGGACUGGCUGUGGGCUUAGGCCUGGGAGUGCUGGCCGAAGUGGCCAAGAAGUCCCUGACGGGAGGAUCUCUACAGUCAGAGGGCGGCUCCCAGCCCAGCUCCAGCCCUUUCCUGUCAGAGGCCAAUGCCGAGCGGAUUGUGCAGACCUUGUGUACAGUUCGGGGGGCCGCCCUCAAGGUUGGCCAAAUGCUCAGCAUUCAGGACAACAGCUUCAUCAGCCCCCAGCUGCAGCGUAUCUUUGAGCGGGUCCGCCAGAGCGCCGACUUCAUGCCCCGCUGGCAGAUGCUGAGAGUUCUGGAAGAGGAGCUUGGCAGAGACUGGCAGGCCAAGGUGGUCUCUUUGGAGGAGGUGCCCUUUGCUGCCGCCUCCAUUGGGCAAGUGCACCAGGGAAUGCUGAAGGAUGGGACAGAAGUAGCCGUGAAGAUCCAGUACCCAGGUGUUGCCCAGAGCAUCCAGAGUGACGUCCAGAACCUGCUGGCAGUGCUCAAGAUGAGUGUGGCCCUGCCCGACGGCUUGUUUCCUGAACAGAGCCUGCAGGCCUUGCUGCAGGAGCUGGCUUGGGAAUGUGACUACCGUCGUGAGGCGGCUUCUGCCCAGAACUUCAGGCAGCUGUUGGCUGAUGACCCCUUCUUCCGGGUGCCGGCAGUGAUCAAGGACCUCUGCACAACACGGGUGCUGGGCAUGGAGCUGGUUGGAGGGGUCCCCCUGGACCAGUGCCAGGGCCUGAGCCAGGACAUCCGGAACCAGAUCUGCUUCCAGCUCCUUCGGCUGUGUCUGCGGGAGCUGUUUGAGUUCCGAUUCAUGCAGACGGACCCCAACUGGGCCAACUUCCUGUAUGACGCCUCCAGCCACCAGGUGACCCUGCUGGACUUCGGUGCAAGCCGAGAAUUUGGGACCGAAUUCACAGACCAUUACAUUGAGGUGGUGAUGGCUGCAGCCAAUGGAGACAGAGACCGGGUCCUGCAGAAAUCCCAGGACCUCAAAUUCCUCACAGGCUUUGAAACCAAGGCAUUCUCCGAUGCCCAUGUGGAGGCUGUGAUGAUCCUGGGAGAGCCUUUCGCCACCCAGGGCCCCUACAACUUCGGGGCGGGGGAUACUGCCCGCCGCGUGCAGGGCCUCAUCCCAGUGCUGCUGCAGCACCGGCUCCGCCCACCGCCUGAGGAGACCUACGCCCUGCACCGCAAGCUGGCGGGGGCUUUCCUGACCUGCGCCCGCCUCCGCGCCAACAUCCACUGCCGGGACCUCUUCCAGGAUACCUACCACCGCUACUGGGCCGGUCGCCAGACUCAGCCACUGCCCCAAGCCUCCUAACCAGAGGGGCGGUCUGGUCAGACCCCUCAGACAGCUCCCUCCUGGGAAUCCGGCCAGUAGAGGGCCAUCAUUUCCACUCUGUUCCAGUCUGGGGACGACUCCCUGGGCUUCCCAGUACAGCCUAGCACCCUUCGCUGGAGACUGGGGAAUCCUGGGGCUAGGGAACUACCCACUUCACUCUCCCAUAUCCUGCU